UAAUUUCAAAUAGUAAAACAUUUUUUGCCAACAUGUUGGUCACAAUAAUUGUGCUGUUUUUGGUUUCCCUGGCGAUUUUUGCCCGCCUUACGCGAGGAAUAACCAAAAGUUCGACUUGUCUGAUCGGAAAAACGGCUAUUAUUACAGGGGCUAAUUCAGGUGUGGGCUAUCAAACUGCUCUGAACUUGGCUUCAAGGGGCUGUAGAGUGAUUAUGGCCGAUGUGGCAAAUUUGGAAAAAUCAAAAAAUGACGUAAUCAAACAUACAAAUAAUUCGAACAUAAUUGCGAAAAAACUGGACUUGGGUUCGUUGGAAUCAAUCCGAGAGUUUGCAAACGAGAUUAAAAGGAAUGAGACCCGAUUAGACAUUCUUGUAAAUAAUGCUGGGAUUGGUAGUUGUAGUUCGGCCACAAUUGAUGGUUUAAACGCCGUCAUGCAAGUGAAUUAUUUUGGGCAUUUUUUGUUAACGCAUUUAUUGAUUGACUUGUUGAAAAAAUCAAGCCCGGCUAGAAUCAUAUUCACGAGCUCAAUUUUAUCAUUUUUCAAUAACUUGACUGUUGGAAAUUUAAACCCGGGCUUGGACACUCCUCAAAGUUUCCGAAACCAACUCCAAAUCUACAAUAAUUCCAAAUUUGCGCUCACCGUAGCGUCGGGAAUUUUUGCCAAAAAAUUACAAACUGCUGCAGUGACUUCUAACUGUGUCCACCCUGGACUAGUCUCAACUUAUAUUAAUUUAAGCCUUCUAGAUGAGACUAACAUUUUUGUGAAAAUCGUGGUUAAAUUGUUAUUUUUCAUGUUUGCAAAGGACUCUUGGACUGGUUCUCAAAGUAUAGUUCACGUCGCAGUUUCGCAAAAAUUGGAGCACGUGACUGGGGGUUUUUUCGUCGAUUGUUUACAAUUUUGGGCACCUGGGGGACGCGAGGAUGAGUUUGAGGAGAUUUGGAGGGCGAGUGAGGAAUUUGUCAAGCUGGGUCCAGAGGAAAAACUAAGUUAAUGUAUUUUUUUCUGAAUAAAAUAAAAGU